GCAACGUUCCCACCCACCUCCUAGGUUUAUAAUCCUCUCCGUGGAGUAGCGCACCAACUUUGCCUGUUCGAGAAGGGUCAGAAAGUCUUUAUUUCGACAAAAUGAGGGAAAUUGUUCAUCUUCAAGCUGGCCAAUGCGGGAACCAGAUUGGAGCCAAGUUUUGGGAGGUGAUAAGCGACGAACACGGUAUUGACCCAACCGGGGUAUACCACGGGGACAGCGACCUUCAGUUGGACCGUAUCAACGUGUAUUACAACGAGGCSUCAGGUGGAAAGUAUGUCCCUCGUGCUGUUCUGGUGGACUUGGAGCCUGGCACUAUGGACUCCGUGAGGUCUGGUCCUUUUGGGCAGGUGUUUAGGCCUGACAACUUUGUUUUUGGUCAGAGCGGUGCUGGUAAUAACUGGGCUAAGGGCCACUACACUGAAGGAGCUGAGCUGGUGGACUCGGUGCUGGAUGUGGUGAGGAAGGAGGCGGAGAGCUGCGACUGCCUGCAGGGCUUCCAGCUCACCCACUCCCUGGGAGGAGGCACCGGCUCCGGCAUGGGCACGCUCCUCAUCAGCAAGAUCCGGGAGGAGUACCCGGACCGCAUCAUGAACACGUUCAGCGUGGUGCCGUCGCCCAAGGUGUCAGACACCGUGGUGGAGCCCUAYAACGCCACCCUGUCCGUCCACCAGCUGGUAGAGAACACCGAUGAGACCUACUGCAUUGACAACGAGGCGCUGUACGACAUCUGCUUCCGUACGUUGAAGCUGACCACGCCCACCUACGGCGAUCUGAACCACCUGGUGUCRGCCACAAUGAGCGGCGUCACCACCUGCCUGCGCUUCCCCGGCCAGCUGAACGCCGACCUGAGGAAGCUGGCCGUCAACAUGGUGCCGUUUCCCAGACUGCACUUCUUCAUGCCAGGCUUCGCCCCGCUGACGAGCCGAGGCAGCCAGCAGUACCGGGCCCUGACAGUCCCUGAACUCACCAUGCAGAUGUUCGACGCCAAGAACAUGAUGGCGGCGUGCGACCCACGCCACGGCCGCUACCUGACGGUGGCGGCCAUCUUCCGUGGCCGCAUGUCCAUGAAGGAGGUGGACGAGCAGAUGCUGAACGUUCAGAACAAGAACAGCAGCUACUUCGUGGAGUGGAUCCCCAACAACGUGAAGACGGCCGUCUGCGACAUCCCGCCACGCGGCCUCAAGAUGGCCGCCACCUUCAUCGGAAACAGCACGGCCAUCCAGGAGCUGUUCAAGCGCAUCUCAGAGCAGUUCACCGCCAUGUUCCGCCGCAAGGCUUUCCUGCACUGGUACACUGGUGAGGGCAUGGACGAGAUGGAGUUCACCGAGGCAGAGAGCAACAUGAACGACCUGGUGUCUGAAUACCAGCAGUACCAGGAGGCCACGGCAGAGGAGGAGGGAGAGUUUGAAGAGGAGGGAGAAGAAGACCUGGCCUAAGCAGCCACCAUGUUGUUUUUCCUCCUGAUCUGCAGUUACAAUCAGGAAGCAUUUAGGUCAAAACACUGAAGCUGUGCUAAACAGCAGCAGCUUUACUGCUUCUGAGAUUGAAGGAUUUUCUCAGGCUCAGCUUGAAUCAUGUUAAAUUUUACAUUAGAGCUAUUUCUGGAAUAUAUGUAUUUUAAAUGUGUAAAACYGACUCUUCUAGUGAUGUUAAAGUGUAACUAACCCCUGUUAGAAAGUAUCAAAGCAGGCAGAGCCAAAAGACUCAGCCAGGUGUAGGGCUGAGCGGUAAGCCUGUAAUAUUAACAUAUUUUGCUGAAYGAUAAAUUAUCCCAGAAGUUAUUGCGAUAAACAAUAAUAUUCUUGUUUUGAGACCAUUUUCAAGUAAUAUGAGAUUGRCAUAAUAAUGCUARAACACAUCCUCAAAUUUCAUUAAACUUUAGUUUCUAAAGAAUAUUUAACACUGGAACUGGAAGACAUUUUAAAUAYUUGAAAUGAAUAAAACAACCAGAACUUCAAAUAAAAURRAUGCUGAAGUUUCUGUAAACAAAAUUACCCUUUAAWAAAACAGGCUAGUUUACACCAAAGCACCAGACUGAAGAAUUUUGUAUAAAGAGACACGAGAAACACAAUCAUGUAAAUGGAAAUGAUUGAGCUUGUUUUAAUUUAUCAUGUGAUGAAUUGAUUUGUCGACAGGCUUGUUGAGCGGCGCUGUGGUCAGGAUGACAGAAACACKGUUGACUUAUCCAGUUUCUUGCCUAUUUAUUUUGUUUGUUCCUCUUCUGGUUUUUCCCUUCAGCCCCCAAUAUAGUGACAAAUGUAGGAGUUUUGUGUGUUUCACCACUCGACUGAAGGACCCGAGCACUGAGACCGUUUUACGUAGAAUAUCACAGAACUAAACAUAUUUACAUGAUUUAUUGAAAAAUGUAAAGAUAGAACCCUUUAUAGCCUAUUUAAACAAUUUAUUAAAACAAGAAUGUUCAUUUGGGGUUGGUUACACUUUAAACCUGUCCGUUGUCUCUGAGCUGAUUGGGUUUUGCUUUGCCAGAGAAGAACGGAUCCAUUAGACCCGACUCAUGUUCACUGUUCAUAGAACUUUCCUCCAAGCUGCUGGUUACUUCCUGUUACACAGACAUAGUUACUGAGGUUAGUCAUUUUCUCUGGAAAACAUAUUUAGGAUUAGUUCACUGAUUGCACUACAACACUGGAAAUGACUGACUGGUCUCUGUUACUUUUCUGCUUUUGUUCAUAGAUUUUGAAUAAACACUUUCAACUCGGUGCUGAA